UCUUGGUGGGGUUGGAGGCUGACCGACGGGCGAGAGACAACCUAUCAGCGGAACACAUAAAAAGGAAGGACAUGUGGAGAAAGAGGCUCAUCUAGAGAGACGCGGCUUGCGUAACCUCAUCAGCGUGAAUUGUUUUGUGAUUUUCGUGUCACCAGCACAAGGGUCCGUGUUUCUUCUUACGGACAGAGCAGUGAGGGAGCAGGACAACUCCGGGUAGACCUCACCGUCCACCCGGCCGUUUCCACUGUGUCUCAGUCCGUCCGUCAACCGUUGGGGGUCGAAGAGGAUUCACCGGCUGGAUAAGUAAAGGGGUGUACCAUGCUGACGAGCAAUGGUCCCGGCCGCUUGCCUGCCUUUAUGUCGCCGACCCACAGCAAUCAUCCGAGGUGUCCGGGUUACCUUCCUGGACGGGUGGCUCCCAUCCGCUCACCCCCACCUUCCAAAUCGCCACCGCCUCCACCGCUGAAACCACGUGGCCGAUCACUGGAGCAAAGAACUAGACAGCAAACUACACUCAGCCUGUCCGAGGAGAACCAGCGCAGGGUGCAUACUUGGAACCUCCAGCGACGAAAAAACGCGCUGAUCUGCUGUGGCGUGUCUCUGGGUGCUUUCCUUGUCACACUCAUACUUGUCUUCUGUCUCAAAAAAGGAAAUGUCUUAGAUGAGAACUGUCCAGACCAUAAUCCAAGUCUAAGUAGCUGGAAUCCAGGCCAUCAACCAGACAAGGCUGUUGUUGUCAAAAGGGGCCAUUUGUUUAGACUGGAAAGUUCUGCCACCUUUCUUUCGCUCACCAUCCAGUCAGGAGGUCUGUUAGUAUUUGCUGACAAUCCCGAUGGAUCCAAUAACAUAACUAUAAGAACACAUCACAUCCUUAUAGAAGAUGGCGGAGCCCUCCAUAUCGGGUCACCCAAAUGUCCCUAUCGUUCUCUUGCAACCAUUGCCCUUAGGGGUCGUUCAGAUGACAAAGCAGUUGCGGAGGUCCCCGGUCUGGGCCGCAAAUUCAUUGGUGUCAUGGGUGGAGGAACUCUGGAGCUGCAUGGCAUUGAAAGAGUUUCCUGGUCACUGUUAACACGAAGCAUCCCAGCCUCUGGGCUUGCCACGGGGGGUUAUGCCUUGCAGAAGAACUUCAGUCGAGGCAUCAACCUUCGUGUGUUUGACCAGGAUACGUCAGCUUUGCUGUUUGAUGGACGCUUUGACACUCACGACUCCCGUAAUGACAGCUGGAGGCUCACGCAGCUGCUUCGUACACUGCCGGCUGGCCGCAUCGUUGCGCUGGCUGUGGGAGACUCUGCUGUGAAAAGUUUUCUGGAUGAAACCAAGAAAGCUUUUAAGGAGGUACUUGGCAGCAGAUUUGCCUAUGAUCUCAAGUUCAGGCAGGCCUGGGCUUUGGUUUCUGUGGUUGGAGGUGGAAACACGUCCUGCUCAGAGGAUAUGAGAGAACAUGAGAACCUCAACACAGGAGGAAGAGCUCUAGCUAGGUGCAACUUCACCACUGUGGAUGGAGUGGGCUUCUCUGUCACCGCCCACAGCGAGUGGAAGAAUGGCUACCCCACCAUGGGCUUCCAGGUGGAUGCUGUGGAUCAGGUGGUGCUAAACCUGCAGGAUGAGGUGCAGCAGAGCUGGAAACCAGGCGAUGUGGUUUUAGUAGCCAGUACAGACUACUCCAUGCACCAGGCUGAAGAGUUCACCCUGCUGCCUUGUCCCGAAUGCAGCAGCAGACAGGUCAGGAUACAAGGAAAGCCUCGAUACAACCAUGUCGGGGAGAUCAUCGAUGGAGUGGACAUGCGUGCUGAAGUCGCUCUGCUCUCUAGAAACAUUCUCAUCUAUGGAGAAAUGGAAAACUCCUGCUAUGGAAACAACAAGUGCCAGUUCUUUAGCCACGACACAUUUGGAGGCCACAUCAAGAUCUUUGCUAACUUCUCGUCGGUGCAUCUGUCCCAUGUGGAGCUGAAGAACAUGGGGCAGCAGCGAGAAAAGGGCCGCUACCCGCUACACUUUCACAUGUGUGGGGACGUGGACCAGAAGGGAGGCUACAGGGAGCCCACUUAUGUGGACGGGCUCUCCAUUCAUCACUCCUUCUCCCGCUGUCUCACUGUCCACGCCACCAACGGCCUGCUGGUGAAGAACACUAUCGGUUACGACACGUUGGGACACUGUUUUUUCCUUGAAGAUGGAAUUGAACAGAGGAACACGUUCUACCACAACCUUGGCCUGUUGACUCAGCCCGGGACUCUGCUGCCGACCGACCGCAACGAGACGCUGUGCACCAGCAUCAGGGACAACGUCCACAAGAGCUACAUUCCCUCGCCAAGCACAGAGUGCAAGGCAGUCUCAACAUUCUGGAUCGCCAACCCCAACAACAACCUUAUUAGCAACGCGGCUGCUGGUUCUCAGGAUGCUGGUAUUUGGUUUGUGUUUCACCGCUCUUCCACUGGAGAUUCUCACGGGCUGGUACCAGAGACCAGAGCAGAGCUCACUCCUCUUGGAAUUUUCUACAACAACCGUGUUCACUCCAACUUUAAGGCAGGGCUGUUUAUCGAUAAGGGAGUGAAGACGACCAAAGCUAACGCCGCAGAUCCACGGGAGUACCUCUGUCUAGACAACACCGCCAGAUUUCGACCUCACCAGAACUCCGACCCCACUCGUCCUCGUGUGACAGCCGUCAUCGACACGCUGAUCUCCUUCAAGAACAACGACUUAGGAGCCUGGAUACGGGGUGGUGACAUCAUCAUUCAGAACUCGGGCUUUGCUGACAAUGCUGUGGGACUGUCAUUUGCCAGCGAUGGCAGCUACCCUAAGGAUGAAGGCUCCAGCCAGGAGGUGACGCAGUCCUUGUUUGUGGGCGAGAGUCAAAACCGAGGGACUAACGGGGGACAGAACAAAUACUGGGGAGUCGGAGGGACAGAUGGAAGGAUGAGGACCCUGCCAAGAAACAGGACGUUUCCUAUCCGAGGUUUCCAGAUCUACGACGGCCCGGUGCGGCUCACACGGAGUACGUUCAGAGGGUUCGUCCCCACACCAGAGCGCAACACCAGUGCAGUGGGAUUUAAUCUGAAGAACACGUGGCAGCUGACCCCUCGAAACAACCUGUCCCAGCUCAGCUUCCACCCCACCGCAACUCUUCGAGCGUUCUUCGGUCGCCCCGGGCAGUGGUUCGAAGAGAACGACCUGGACGGUGACAAAAACUCCAUCUUCCACGAUGUGGAUGGGUCAGUCUCAGGUUACAGAGACACGUACGUGGGCCGAGCGGAUAAUUACCUGAUCCAGCAUCCUAACUGUGUGCAAAUGCCUCGGUGGAAUGGAGUGACCUGCAGCGGUCGCUACUCUCAGGUGUUCAUCCAGACACAGGGAGCCCCGAGCCUGAGCUUGUCCAUCAGCAGAGAUGACUAUCCAGCUGCUCCUCUGGUACUGAGGGGGAUUAACAGCCAGGGGGCGUCGUCUCAACAGUACCAGCCUGUUCUGAUGAUGAGCAAGAGCUACACUCUGCACUGGAAUGGACCUGCACCCAGAGAGGUUGUGCUAUCUCUCAUCAAUUUUGAUAAAGACGACUGGGUCCUGGUGGGACUCUGUUACCCCCCAGACGCUACCUUUCAGAUCAUGGGCGACAUUAACGACAGACAAAGGAACAUCUUUGAUGACAUCACAGACUACGGCACCGUGUCAUCUCUCGCUGAGCUGAAAGCGAGACAAACUGAAAGAAAGUACUUCUUUGACCAGAAUGUCGGCUUAUUGUGGUUCUACCUGCGGGCCCGGCACGGUCGGGACGGUCACAGCUACUGUUCAACAAAAGGCUGUGAAAGGGUAAAAGUCACAUCCACAACGUCGUCCAAACAGACCUGUAACUGCACACGGACGGCCUACCCCAAAUACUCUAAGAAGCCCUCAGCGGUGGUGCCCAUGCCUGCUCCAAACCGUCAGCCCUGCAACGACUGUGGUGCCCAGCAGUUUGUAUUUUCUAGCGAGCCCUGGACCUCCUACCUUCUGACACAAGUGAAAUCUGUCAGCGUCAAAGAGCAGCAGAGAGGAGAUAACGCCUCCUUCAUCACUGUGAACGAGAUGACCAUGUCCUUCUCCCAGCCUGGGUUCUUCCUCGUCUCGGUGGACGCCUGCUCUGGAAAAGUCAACAGGAAAUACUUUUCUGCAAAGAUGGAUUCCAAGAUGGAGGAGUAUCUGAGAAGUGGGAUGCCAAGACCGUCAAUCGUGCUCAUGGGAACUCGAGGCCAGCCUGAAGGUCUGGCUGAUUUAGCAGCACAUCUGGUGUCUUUUAGCUUGGCCAAAGCAGCUGAUCUGACAAAUAAAGAAAGUCUGGCAAUGUGGGGCCUCCUGGGUGGUUCUUCAUCACCUCCAUGGGUUUCACUACAAGCCGGGCAGGGCGAUGACGUCCUCGGGCUGCAGGAGCGAUACUUGCCCCUGGCUUUGGAGUCUUAUGGCUGUUCGCCACCUGCACCCCAAACACGCAAAGACCUUGAGCUUCUUAGAAAAGCAACAGGGCUGCAGUAACCAAUGUGAACUGGACAACGUGCCCACAUGAAACCAUUGCACACAGAUCCACAAACACAGCCAGUCGGUGAAUGUGAACUGCUGAACUUUUAAUUUAUUAACAGGUGACAGAAGAUGUCAAAUUGGGGAGGAAGGAGUGUUGAUAUGAUUGGGGUAAAUAUUUGAUUUGUGUGUGUGUUUGUGUUUGUUUGCCUGUCUUAGGGCUAAUAAGUCAAUGCACUUUUGUUUUGGAGAUAUAACUUGUUUAUAUCAGCCAAAGCUUUUGGAAGGAUCUCUACAGUCAAUCUGCAGUUUCUCAGACCACAGGAAGACAAUAAUAAGGAAAAAUAACAAUGUAUCACGUUCAGGAAGACUUGAAGUUAUGGAUAUAAAUGGUUUUGCCUCUGAAAUGAGACUUUGACUGGAGCUAAAAGUGAAAAUGAAAUCGCAUAUUAAACCAAAACAGCGUUUAUGGCUCAAAUCCAUUUUUGUGGUGAAACCAAACACCAACAAGCCAUACUUACAUUUAUUAAUAAAAAAAAAAAUGUUCAGUUAAAUCAUUCAAGCUGUUAUACUUUUCUACCUGAAAAUACUUUUAAAUAGAGAAAUUACUACUAUGUGGGUCUUUUUUAACCAGCUGAAUCUUACUGGAGAACCUCUGAUCAUCGUGCAGCUGUACAACUAAAGCACCUUCUUGUGGAUUCCUACAUGGACUUACUGGACCUCCUUUUUCAUGUUCCACUUGUUCUUUUGUCUUUUCUGAAAACUGUGCCUCAUGUGCAGCACAACAACAGAUGCCUUCUAUUUUCCUCAAACAGAACUGAAUGUUUUCCCUUUCGUCUGUCUCUCACUUAUGAUCCCUUUUUUAUAGGAAAAACUAUGCUGAGAUUCAAUUACUGGAAUUAUUUUUUAAGUAUCCAGUCUGUGCAGUGCUGAGCAGCAGACAUGUCCAGAUGAGAGAGAUGCAGCUUUACUGUUCUUUAAUAUGUGCAUGGAUGUGAGCAGGGCUCCCCCACUGAGCUGCGAUGGGUUCAUGUUUGUGUCGAUACGACCGUGAGACGGAGGGCGUUCUGUUCACCGUGUUGCCUUUUAACCACUCUACUGUUGAAAAUGAGCAGAAGAAUAAGAGAUCCUCCAUGACUUUUGCUCAGCUGAUACUUUAAAGAUGCACAGCCAAAGUUUGUCAUGUUUUUAUUCAUUUAUUAUUAAUGAAACAUGUAAAUAUGGUUUAGGACUUGGUGUACGUAGAAAUGUUAGUAAAUUGUGUGUAUUUGUUUAUUUUUUUAUAUAUUUCUACAUGUAAAUGUGUCUAAUGAAAUUGCCUUUUAAAUAAAAAUUAACCUUUGUGACUUUUAUGCAAA